CACACACGCACACACACACACACACACACACACACACACACACACACAUAUAUACUGGCCUAUUGCAUAGGCUACUAUAACUCUACAAUUAUAUAAUAUAUACUAUAUAUAGCAGGCUCGCAAGCCAUGCAUAGGCUCUUAAUGUAUUAGCCCAGUAUGUUACCAGUAGUAUACCUGAAAUUAUAUAUGUUUGAGAUUUGGAUUAAUAGGUUCUGAAAUCACCACCACUUUUAAAUGAAAAUUGCGUAAUCAGUUAAUCCAUGUUUUUAACUGUUGUUAAAUGUCCUUUUAUAAAUUGAAUUUUGUUGUCUGAGUUUUGUCCAUUAUGUCUAUUUUCAUGAGAAGCACCCAGUUCCUAUAAUGUCCAUAUUGUAAAGCACUUUGUGCUGCAUUUAUUGUUAUUAUUAUUGUUGUUGUUAAUACUACUACUACCACUACUGCUACUACUACUGACAAUAAUAAUAAUAAUAAUAAUAAUAAUAAUAAUAAUAAUAAUAAUAAUAAUAAUAAUUUAUCCAGUGUGUUGAACAAUGAGCCAUGUGUAUACGCCUUCCCUCCUUAUAUUUUAUAUAUACCAACUGCACUUAAUACAGUGUUUCAAAAUGAGCAUAUUAUUAUUGAUUUAUUAUAUAAACUCGUAAUAUAUACAUACACAUAGUCCACAAAGCAACGAAAUUAUCCACAGGCUAGAAAACUGUAAAAGCUUUCCAUACGACAGUGUUUGAGUAUGCGCCUCUUCCUGCGCAGGUUUGAUGCGCGUGAGCUCAGGCUGAUGACAUUGCGGAAGUGUCAUGGCGUCGUGCGGCAUGCAUUGUCAGAAGCAGCACUAGCUCAAAACAACUUGUAAUGACUCUUCUCUUAUAACUUUGGACUGAAUAUCUAAUUAGGACAUCCGAGGAUUCAUAAGGAUGGCAGAUUCAGGCUCAGGUGACCCCAGCGGUCAACGGGUGCCAACCCCUGGAGGGAGCGGUAUAGGACUGCUUAUGGGCCGCAGACCACCUGCCGCCAUCUCUACUGGUCGUCUCCCCUCAAUGCGAUCAAGAGACCUCACCCUGGGAGGAGUGAAGAAGAAAACCUUCACACCCAACAUUAUUGGUCGAAAAGCCAGAGAUGAGACAAAAGCUGAGGAUGGGCAGAGGAGGGACAGGAAGGAUGUAGGUCGAGGUCGUGGCCCGAGAGAUAGAGGCAGGGGCCGAGGUCGCCAAGAGACCAUCCAGUCCCACUCUAUCUUUGAGCAGGGGCCUGCAGAGAUGAUGAUGAAAAAGAGAGGAAGCUAUGAAAGUGAGAAAGAAGCUCCGAGUGUGGGACCUUCACCCAUCAUCAAUAUUAAAAAGGAGAAGAGAGAGACGGAGGAAGAGACCAAAGAGAUUCUUGCCAAGCUGGAGCGAGAUAACUUUAUAGACGAUCCCUUCCUGAGGAGUGAGCGGAGGAGCUGCCCCGUCCAGCUUCCCCUCGCUGUAUCAGGAUGGGGAUUCACAGAAGAAUUUUCUAACGCUGCUGUUAAAGUCGAGAAGAUGGACGAGGACAGUGAACCCAUGGAAAACGCAGUUGAAGUGAAACAGGAGCCAGAGGAAACCGAAAUAAAGAAGUCAGAGGGAGCUUUCAGGCCCCCUCCUCUCCCUGAGCCUGAAGUGCUUCCUGACCUGCUGCAUAGAUGGAGCCUGAGCAAAGGGGAUGAGCUGUUCUUCAUGCAGAUGCCUGACACGCUGCCCGGCCAGCCUCCAACCAAAGAGCUCAGGCCCACGAAAACUGAGGUGCAGUCAGAGGAUGGACAGUCUGUGCUCCUGAAAACAGAGUCGCAGGAGGAGGAAGCUGAAGACAACAUGUGCAAUCUGAAAGACCUGCGGGAGGGUCUCAUAGGAAAGAUGCUGGUGCGGAAGUCUGGCCGGGUCCAGCUCAUACUGGGACAUGUGACACUCGAUGUGUCUCUAGGAGCAUCAUGCUCUUUCCUUCAGGAGCUGGUCUCUAUUGGUGCAGAGGGAAGAACAGGCGACUUGAGUGUAUUAGGGAAUGUCAAACACAAAAUGGUUUGUUCCCCAGACUUCGAGGCUCUACUGGAGAGCAACGUUUGAUGCUCGUCAGAGCAGCGGUGGUCUGAGCCUCCUGGGUGUACAUGUGAUGGUUGUGAUGUUGACAAGAUGUUCACUUUGGCUAUGGACUGUCCCUUUGGAACCUGACAUAAAAUAAAACUACGGUGGCCGCCGAUUGUGCUUCUGUGCUUUCAGAGAGGCAUUAAUAACAUAUUGAAAUCCACUACCUAUAGAUAUGAAACAUAACUGAGGUUUUAGUUUUGUCUUGUGUAACAGGCAUAUUAAUACAGGGUUCAAAGGUUGAAUGGUGUGCCAAAUAUUAGUACUGUUUUCAUUUCUCUACAUCUGAGAUUACUUGACAAGGCUGUAAAUGGAUGUACAUGUGUGAAUAAAGAAAAGUUUUGUUAUUCCAAUA